AUGAAUAAUGAAACUUUAUCUUUACUGCUUGAGGAUCUCGUGAAAAAUAUGGACAAGAUUGGUUCCAUCGAUGAACUACUUCAGAUUCUACAACAGGCGUUUGUUGAAGCUUUUUUGAAACCUAACCUUUUGAAUGGACAAAAGCAAUGCUCUCCGUCCUCAACACUACAAUCGUCCACAAUCUCAUCAUUGGGUUCAGACGAAGAAAUUAAAGUGUCACUUGUGCGAUCGGUGCGAGUCUUCCACGAAAAGGGUGCUAAAUCGCAUCCAGAGUUUUUCCAAGGCGAAGCAUACCACCCACAGGCGGCCUUAUUCAUUCUUGAAAUGUUGAAAUCUCUUUCAGGGAACUCAAAGCAGUGGUUCAAGGAACUGCAGGUAGAAAGCUUGUCUGCAUGUUUGGCCGUCUUUAAGGCAAUUGGUAUUAAAAACGUCCGUAAAUGUCUUCCUGGCGUCGUCUCUGCAACGGUUCGUUAUCUUGACAGAUCUCAUCUGGGAAAGGAUUCAGCAGUAGUUCAACUGAAGGCGCUAAAUGUAUUACAUAACGCGCUGAUGAUCACAUUUGCUUCUAAGAAAAAUGAACCGUGGAUUGUGGAAACGAUCGGUCACUUGUCCAGCGUUAUGCAUCCUCUUUUGGAACCAAAAAAUCUCACAAAGAAUGGGUAUAAUGAAUCCACUGUUUACCAACUCCGAGCGUUCUUUUCCGAUCUAAUGUGCUGCCCUGGGAUGGAGUUCGGCGAGACGAGCGUCCUAGUGCAGGACUUGAUCGUCGCCUUCGCGGUGGUUGAAAACCUUUAUCACUUUCAAAGGACCGGUGGCAGUGAGGGAAAGAAAAAGGAGAAGGAUUCGAACACGGGAUUCAACCUCGAUCGUACCACGACUGAGGACGUGGAGUGUCGACUAAAAAUGAAGACGGCGACACAGGCUCUCUCUAGUGCGCUGAGGCAACUUGGUGGAGUAGAACUCCUACACGUUCUCACAACAGUGUUGCGUUUCUCGUUUCUCCGUCCUAUCAUUAUUUCUGGUUUUGAAGACGGUGUGAUGCUUUUCAAAACGCUUGUGCGUAAGCUGAUUCGCAUUGUAGCUACUGAAAUGAUGGAAGACGCACUCUAUACAAACCGACAGCCGCGUCGCUACCCUAGUGGUGUUGUGGAUGAAGUCUUGGAGUGUCUGGCCCAUGCCCUAGCUGAAAUCAAUGUUUACAAUCUAGAUGGCUGUGAGGCAUCAAUAACAGACACUCAUGAAACAAAUGGCGAAAUCCUCACGAAUAUCCUGCUGGAUGAGUGUGAUGCUAUUCUGCAGGACUGGGACCUUUAUAUGAUCCAUGCUCCGACCAUCUACGUGCUGACUCGGGCCGUGCUCUGGCAAUUUAAACCCAUUCCAGACUCUCUUUCCAAUAGCUUUGUCCCAGCACUCGAGGAAGGGGAAGGAAAGCAUGGUUCAUAUUUUCCUGUACCCUCAGACUUCGUUGCGCAGGGUGGAUUUGAACAGCUAUGGUCUGUUGUGGCAGCGCCACAUCUCUGGAAUAUCGCAGAGGAUGAGGAACUAUGCAACUAUCAGCAAGUUCAUCAUCGUCAGGUUGUGGCAGCAACCAUACUCCGUUUUCUUUCGCUAGCUGCUUCUGAUGUACUGAAGCCGUCAGUCCUAUCGGGGGAAACGCAAGGACGCCACAGUUUUGAACGCUUCAACACUCUUGUGCUAUACUUGAUUCUUGAAAAGGCAUCUACUGCAGGGAUUGUACGAGAUGCAGCCAUGGAAUGCAUUAGGCACUGUAUAGAAGCGUCCUGUGAGGAUAACCCAAUGAGCUACUUUUCAAGUGUUUGUCUGCCCCUGGUUGAUGCAGCUUCUCGAGCCAUCAAGCAACCGUUUCUACGAACUUCCGUAGCCAACGUGCUACGUGGUAUAAUAGAAUUUGUCGUUGAGGGUAGCUUUAACACUGGACCUAAGUAUUUACAACGGCGCAUUCUUUCAGAAGAGAAGGUCACAAAAACUAGGGACCACAAUAUGGAUGAUUACAAAGCUGACAUCAACAUGGUGAACUUCAUGUUUCACGGUCGAAGCUCUGGAUUUUCCCUAUUGGUGCGCCAACGCCUAUCCAUAGCUGAGGUUCGUACCGUGACUCAGCUCCGUCUUUUUCAAGAUGAAUCCGAGACUUCGCGUGUGGCCUAUUUUGUCCGCUCGGCUGUUGAUACAGCUGCUGAUGGAUGUCGAAUUGGUGCCGAGAAUAUUGAUGAGAACGGCUUGAAAGCAACCUUGACUCUGAUGCGAGAUUGUUUUGAUAUGGGCACACUUUUGAAUAUGUCUACAGAACGCGAAGCCGCUGAUGACGACUACGAUCGCCAGACAACUUCCUACAACAAUCACGUAAAGCUAUUGCAGUUAAAGGUGUUAGAAGCUAUGAUGCUGGUCAUUUCACACUGCGCGCAGCACACAAGUGUCUUCACAUAUGUUGUGGAAGUACUUAUUCGAGGCCUCACUUCUUUUCUCACCACAAAGCAAGCCGAAACGUGGCGUCAAGCCCGUCAAGAAGAAUUUGAAGAAAACAGACGUAAGGCGAUAAUAGAAAAAAAAGAGUGGCAUAAGGUUGCUGACUCUGCAGAAAGAGUAGAUCAUCCUCCUUGUGAAGACGAAGAAGAUGAGCAAGAAAAGAUAGCAACCCUAAAGUCUCCUCCGUUACCGUGGUUCUCUGAGACUGUUUCCUCCAAUAACGAGGCAUUAUUGCCGAAGGAAGAAAAAGAGUGUGCAAUUGUACUACCACGCAGUCAUCUCAAGACAGUUUACCGCAUCUAUCUCUGUCUCUUCAGUAAAUUAAAGGAGCCUAUUGCUCUCUUUGUGAUUACUGCUUUACAAUCAAACAAAAUUAGUGGCGGAGAACAGCGCCGCAUGGAAGCCGUACCUGUGAGCCCUGCCCUCUUUGCUGUCUUUGAUGGAAUGGAGGCCUUGCUUCUCAUAGCGAUCGAUUUCCUAUGUCACCGCAUGGUCGAGGAAGUUCUUCCAUUGGUCUUGACGUGGUACAAGCGAGGAUGUCUUCCUCGCAUCCCGACAAACACUGAUGAGCGAGUUAAGGAAGCCUGCAAACAUUUUGCGCAGACCAUGAUACGAGUGAUACCUAUAUACAAACUUCAGGAAAUGGUACAGAAACAAUGUAGCCCCUUCUUCUCCCUUUCCCUACCAUCAGUUGGAACUUCAGUUGAGGAUAAAAUUCUCAGCUAA